AUGGACAGUCUGUCACCCGGGGAACCACUUGACCAUCCUCACCAGGGGGAGGCCUCUGCCUGCUGGUGCCUCACUGUAAGGGUCCUGGAGGCUCGGAACCUGCCCUGGGCUGACAUGUUGAGUGAGGCCGACCCAUACGUGGUGCUACAGCUGCCAACUGCCCCAGGCAUGAAAUUUAAGACCAGAACAGUCACCAACUCCACUCAUCCUGUGUGGAAUGAGACCUUCAGUUUCCUAAUCCAGAGUAAGGUCAAGAAUGUUUUAGAGCUUAGCAUCUAUGAUGAGGACUCAGUCACAGAGGAUGACAUCUGCUUCCACAUUCUCUAUGACAUCUCAGAGGUCCUCCCUGGUGAGCUGCUCCGGAAGACCUUCUCCAGGCAUCCCCAGGGAGAGGAGGAGCUGGACGUGGAGUUCCUGAUGGAAAAAACGUCGGACCACCCAGAAAACCUUAUCACCAACAAUGUUCUUGUGGCUCGAGAGCUGUCAUGCCUUGAUGUGCAUCCAGACCUCACAGGGGGUGCUGCUGUGGUCACAGAUCAGGAUAAGCUGGAGCUGGAGCUGGAGCUGAAGGGCUCAUAUGAAGACACACAGACAUCCGCCCUGGGCACAGCUUCUGCCGUCCGCUUCCACUACAUGGCAGCCCAAGAGACAGAGCUGCGUGGGCAUCUGAGGAGUUCCACAGGCAAUUUCUGGAACCAGGAUAACUCAGCAGCUAAUUGGCACUUCACCAUGCCUGUGAGGUCCUUGGCUGAGGGGAAGGAAGUGACCAUUGAUGUUCCUGCUGCAAAUGCCCCAGGAGUGAAGCUGCAGCUCAAGGCAGAGGGCUGCCCCAAGGACUUAGACUUGCACCUGGGCUUUGAUCUGUGUGCAGAGGAGCAGGCCUUCCUGAGCAGGAGGAAGAAGGUGGUGGCCGCAGCCCUGAAGAAGGCCCUGCAGCUGGACAGAGACCUGCAGGAGGAUGAGGUCCCUGUUGUGGGCAUUAUGGCGACAGGAGGAGGUGCCCGGGCCAUGACUGCACUCUACGGCCACCUAUUGGCCCUGCAGAAGCUGGGCCUUCUGGACUGUGUGACCUACUUCAGUGGCACCUCAGGCUCUACAUGGACAAUGGCUCACCUAUAUGGGGACCCUGAGUGGUCACAUAGGGACCUUGAGGGUCCCAUCAGACACAUCCGAGAGCACCUUGCCAAGAGCAAGCUAGAACUCUUCUCCCCAGAGCGCCUAGCAGGCUACCGCCGGGAGCUGGAGCUGCGGGCUAAGCAGGGCCACCCUACGACCUUUGUGGACCUGUGGGCCCUGGUGCUGGAGUCCAUGCUGCAGGGCCAGGUGAUGGAUCAGAAGCUGUCAGGACAGAGAGCUGCCCUGGAGUGGGGUCAGAACCCUCUGCCCCUCUACUUGGGCCUCAACGUCAAGGAGAACAAUCUAGAGACGCUCGACUUCAAGGAGUGGGUUGAGUUCUCCCCCUAUGAGGUCGGGUUCCUGAAGUACGGGGCCUUCAUCCCUCCUGAGCUCUUUGGCUCUGAGUUCUUCAUGGGGAGGCUGAUGAGAAGACGGCCUGAGCCCCGCAUCUGCUUUCUGGAAGGUAUCUGGAGCAACAUUUUCUCCCUGAACUUGCUGGAUGCCUGGUAUGACCUCACCAGCUCUGGGGAGGGCUGGAAGCAGCACAUCAAGGACAAGAUCAGGAACAUAGAGAAGGAGCCCCCUGCCUCCUCCGGGACCUCCUCAUGGCUGGAGUCCUUGUGGCUGCAGCCGGGAUCAGCCCUGGCCCAGGCAUUUAAGGGCUUCCUGACAGGCAGACCGCUCCACCAGCACAGCCCCAACUUCAUUGGGGGCCUCCAACUGCACCAGGACUACUACAGCCAGAAAGCCUUCUCCACCUGGGCAGACUGCCAGCUAGACUCCAGACCCAGCCAGCUAACCCCCCAGGAGUCCCAGCUCUGCCUGGUGGACCCCUGCUACUUCAUCAACACCAGCUGUCCCUCCAUGUUCCGGUCGGGCCGCAGGCUGGACCUCAUCCUCUCCUUCGACUACUCUCUAUCCUCGCCCUUUGAGGCACUGCAACAGACUGAGCUGUACUGCCGGGCCCAGGGGUUGCCCUUCCCCCGAGUGGAGCCCAGCCCUCAGGACCAACACCAGCCCAGGGAGUGCCACCUCUUCUCUGACCCCUCCUGCCCUGAGGCUCCUCUCCUGCUGCACUUCCCACUGGUCAAUGCCUCCUUCAAGGACCACUCAGCCCCUGGUGUCCCACGCAGCUCCUCAGAACUCCAGGCUGGCCAAGUAGAUCUCACGGAGGCCACCUCCCCCUACACACUGUUCAACAUGACCUACAAGGAGGAAGAUUUCGACCGCCUGCUGCAGCUCAGUGACUACAACAUGCGGAGCAGCCAGGAUGCCAUUCUGCAGGCCCUGAGAACCGCUCUGAAGCACAGGGCCCUGAAGGCCAGGCCUCCAGGGGUGCAGACCUGA